AUGAACUUCUUCAUACUACAAAACUUUCUAUUCAUUAUAUCAAUAUCGAUAAAAAUAUUCGGACAAAACGUUGAAAAUAUUUGUCACGUUUGUUUUUGCACGGAAUUGGAAUUGAAUUGUCGUAAUUUACAACUUCAUAAAAAUUUUCAAUUUGAUUCGUGGAAAAAUUUGUCCAAUUCAAAAUUUUUAGAAUGUUAUUUCGACAAUAAUCAUAUUGGUCAUUUGACGGCUUUCCCGCCGUCUCUUCCUUUCGUUAAAUUAAGUUAUAAAAACAAUCGACUCAUUAAAAUCGACGAUGGAGCUUUUAAAGCUUUGACAAAGUUGGAAGAAUUAGAUCUGAGCAUGAACGAGCUCACAUCCAUUAAUUUACUUCCAUCCGUUUUUGAGGGUCCUUACGAUGUCGGAUUAUACGAACCGUUAAAAUUAAAAAUAUUAGAUUUAUCUUCGAACGAACUUCACACGUUACAUCAGGAUUUAUUUGAACAUUUGCCACAUCUUGUCCGAUUAUAUUUGAAACAAAAUCCAUUUAAAAUAUUAGAUAAGCCUACCGUUAUUGCAAUUUCAAGUCUACCAAAUUUAGAAGUUUUAGAUUUAUCGUUUACGAAAAUUAAAGAAUUACCCGGUGGUUUUUUACACACUCCGAGAAAAUUACAAGAAUUAGUUUUAAAAGGAAAUUUAUUUUCACAAGUUCCUUUCGAAGCUCUGACCGAAAGCCACGAUUUAAAAAUAUUAAAUUUAAAUAAGAAUCCAAUUAAAAUUUUAUCCGGUGAAAAGUCGUUUCCGGAAAUGCCGUCACUCAAACAACUUCACAUAUCAUUUAUGUCAAAUUUAACAAGAAUAGAAGAAGGAGCUUUGAGCGGAUUAACUGGUUUGGAUUAUAUUUAUUGUAGAAUGAAUGAAAAUCUUGCAUAUAUUUCACCCAAAAUAUUUACGAAAAGUAAUUCGACUGUGGAAAAAUGGCCGAAUUUAGUUAAACUGGAUAUAAGCGAUAAUGCAUUGAGAUACAUUGAUCACGAUUUAUUUAAACCGAUUUGGAAUAAUAUUAAACACAUAAAUAUAAUGGGAAAUCCAUUAGUGUGCGAUUGUGAAAAUCAAUGGAUGGUUAACGAAUUGGUACCUUUGUUAAAAAAUUUAUCGAGUCCAGUUGAAGGAUUAGAGUGUGCAGAACCGUCUGCUAUGAAAGGUCAAAGAUUUGUUAAUCUCCAUGCAAAAAAUUAUUCAAUGAGAUGUUUAGAUAUUUAUGGAAAUCAUCCGGAAAACGAUGGCCCCAUUUUAAUUAGUAUAUUUAUUAUUGUGAUAUUAGGAUUGGUGACUUUGAUGGGUCUCGUCGUUUGGAUAAAAAAUAAUAAUAUUUGUAGGCAAGGAGGUCGCGUGAAUUAUCACAGAGCAUUUUAUCGUCCAACAAGACAGGAUGAUUUGGAAAAAUUUUAA